GCAGCUUUGUGCAUUCUUCAAUGUUGACUGAGCAUAAUGAAUGUGGUGUCUUCUACGUCUGCACUUUGCUAAGAUGUGGCCACCAUAAGCGAAGAAACACCAAAACAGGCUACAAUAACGCAACAACCUAUGCCAGUGGAACAAAUAGCCAACCUGGCGUGAGACACAGGAAAGGAACUGGGGUGGCAGCCAGCCAGUGCCCAGGGCGCAGACCUUUGAGGACAGACCUGCUCCCCACCUAUAGAGCACCAGCAGCCGGUUCUGUUGAACAAUCAGGGCAACGAGGGGGAGGGUCAAGAGCAUGAAAUAUCCAUGAAGACCUCAACAUUUUGCUGCUUUGAAGUUUGGCCCAGCCUGUCCCCAAGUAUCCAGUUAGUAGAAGAUUAACCAGUGGAGUCAAACCAUGUCCAUGACUGACCUGAAAGAAGCACUGAGGAAAACUCUUGAUGAGUUCUCGUCAGCAAGCUUUAAGAGGUUUAAGAACCAACUGAAUGACAUGAGUAGUAUCGCAUGGGGAAAGCUGGAAGAUGCAGAUGUAGAUGACACUGUGAACCUGAUGGUGAAGAUGUACAAUAUGAAAGCUGGGGACAUCCUGUUAGCCAUCUUGAAGAAAAUGGAAAAUAGUGAUUUGGUUAAGACCUUGGAGGAAAGUCUAAAUUGUAAGUAUGUUUGUUGUCUGUGUGGGAUCGUUUUUCACUGUCAUUCAUUAUGCCACUCAUUUGCUGCCCUCCCCUGUCCACACACACACACACACACACACACACACACACACACACACACACACACACACACACACACACACACAGCCCUCUCAUUGUCAGUGUCCAUCUCUUUGUGUGCUCUUUUUUCUCUCCCUGGUCUUUCUAUCUCCAAAGCUUUGGCAGCUUCAAGUGGUGGAACACCUAUGCAACAGCAAGGAGAAAGCGCUCCUGACACUGUCAACAUCACCAACCGGAACUCCCAAGAGCAUCUUGAUCAACAGGCCCUCCUGCUACGUCACAAGGACAAUAUGAAGAAAAAGGUUCAAUACAUUGACAUGGGGAGGCAAGGGAAUGAAACUCUCAAAAAGAUCUACACAGAGCUCUACAUCACAGAGGGAAAGUCCGAAGAAGUUAAUAAUGAGCAUGAGAUAUUGCAGGUAGAAACAGCAUUCAGAACACAACCAACAGAAGAAAAAAGGAUCAGCUGCAAUGACAUAUUCAAGCCCAGACAGAAAGUUGUUAUCAGAACUGUUCUAAUGAUGGGUAUUGCUGGAAUUGGAAAAACAUUCUCAGUCAAAAAGUUCAUCCUAGACUGGGCUGAAGGAGAGGCCAAUAGGGAUAUACACUUUGUGUUUAUGUUACCUUUCCGGGAGCUAAAUUUGCUGAAGACUGAAUAUAGUUUACACGAGCUCCUGUGUGUGUUCAACUCUGAGCUAGAACAGUUAGGCGAUUAUGCAAGUGUGUAUGACAAUCGCAAAACAGUGAUCAUCUUUGAUGGUCUGGAUGAGAGCAGAAUGGAUUUAGAUUUCAACAAGGAAAUCAUAACCUCUGUUACCAAGGCAUCAGUAGAUGUUUUGAUAAUAAACAUAAUUAGAGGCAAGCUCCUGUCCACUGCUCGUGUAUGGAUAACUUCUCGACCAGCAGCGGCCAAUCAGAUUCCCUCAGAUUUAAUUGACCAAUUCACUGAAGUUGGUGGAUUCACUGAUGUGCAGAAGGAGCAGUACUUCAGAAGCAAUAUCGACAAUGAAAAGCAUGCAGACAACAUUGUCUCAUACAUCGAGGAAUCAAGGACUCUUCACAUCAUGUGCCACAUUCCAGUGUUCUGUUUCAUUUUGGCCACUGUACUGCAGAAGAUGCUGAGAGGAAAUGCCCCAAUGAAAGAAAUGCCCCAAACUGUCACAGAAAUGUACAUAUAUUUUCUACUCAUUCAGAUGAAAACAAAAACGAAGAAAUAUGAUUUCAAAGAUGAGACCGAUAAGAAACAUGUUUUAGAUUUGAACAGGGAAGGGAUUUUGAAACUAGCUGAACUAGCUUACAGAUAUCUGAUGAAGAGCAAAAUUUUGUUCUAUUCAGAAGACCUGGCUGAGUGUAAAAUUGAUGUGAGUGAUGCUUCUUACUCUGGCAUGCUCACUGCCAUCUUUAAGGAAGACUCUGUGUUCUUUGAAGAGAAGAUCUACUGCUUUGUGCAUCUGACCAUCCAGGAGUUUUUUGCCGCACUUCAUGUGUUUGCCUCCUUUGUGAAUAACAACGAGCAGGCCAUAAAGGAAUUUAUCGGAAAAAAGGCCAUGUUAUGUUCAGUGGAUGAACUGCUGAAAAAUGCGGUAAACAAAGCUUUGGAAAGCAAGAGUGGACACCUCGACUUGUUUGUUCGCUUCCUUCAUGGCAUUUCUCUGGAGUCAAAUCAGAAACGUUUGGUUGGUCUCCUCAAACACACGCACAUUAGCCCAGAGAGUGUGGAGAAAACCAUUAAAAAUCUGAAGGUGAUGCAAAGGCCAAAUAUCUCCCCUGAGAGGUGCAUCAAUCUAUUCCACUGCCUGGUGGAAAUGAACGAUUAUUCUGUUCAAAAAGAAAUCUUAGCUUUUGUGAAGGGAGAGCCAAAUUCAGUGAGAAACCUCUCACUAGUUCACUGCUCAGCCUUGGCUAAUGUGCUUCUUAUGUCUAAGACGGUGAUGGAUGUGUUUGACUUGAAAUCAUACCCUACCUCUACAGAGGGUCGUAGGAGACUGAUACCAGCUGUGAAAUCAUGCAAAAAGGCUCGACUUUCUGACUGUCAACUAACAGAAAUGUCCUGUGAAGUUGUGGCCUCGGCUCUGCAGUCUACAAACUCCCUCUUAACAGAGCUUGACCUGAGUCAGAAUGAACUGCAGAAGUCCGAAGAAAAACUUGUGAUUGCUCUGCAGAGUCCAAAAUGUAAAUUAGAGACACUGAGGCUUGUUGGCUGUGGCCUCACUGAGAAGUCUGGAGGUAUGUUGGCCUUUGCUUUGUUGUCAGAAAAGUCUCACCUGAGAGAGCUGGACCUGAGCAAAAAUACUCUGGGGAGUGGAGUGAGGCAAUUCUCUGAACAUGUGAACAUGCCCUCUAAGCUGAAGCUGAAGCUGAAGAAACUCAGGCUUGCUGACUGUGGCCUCACUGAGAAUGGUGGGGAUAUUUUGGCCUUUGCUCUGCAGUCAACAAAAUCUGCCCUGACAGAACUGGACCUGAGUAAGAAUACUCUGGGCGAUUGUGAAGAAAAACUGCUCUCUCAAGCACUAAAUCCACGUUGUAAGCUGAAGAUGCUCAGACUUGCUAGUUGUAAACUGACAGAGAAAUCCAGUGAGAAUAUAGCAAAAACCGUGAGUGUUAUAUUAUCCCUGACAGAGCUAGACCUGAGUCACAAUGACUUGAAUAUCAUUGGAGUCUAUCAUCUGAAAAGAGCAUUAUGCUCUGACAACUGUAAACUGCAGAUAUUAAGACUUUCUGGAUGUAAAUUGACAGAGGAAUCCUGUAAGGUUUUGGCCUCUGCUGCACUGUGCUGGGUCUCACUAGAAGAACUGGACCUGAGUCACAAUCAGAUAGACACCGCCGGAAUUCUGCUUCUGCAUUAUGCAUUAAUUGACUCUACCUGUAAGCUGCAGAAGCUAAGGUAUGGAGCUGGAGAACUGAGAAAAUAUGCCUGUGAGCUCACACUGGACCCAGACACAGCAAACCAGUCUCUCCUUCUCUCUGAGAGCAACAGAAGGGUGACACAUGACCAGACCGUGACUGUGAAGUUCCCGUAUCCUGACAACCAAAAGAGAUUUGACAGCUACCAUCAGGUGCUGUGUCUAGAGGGCCUGUCUGACGACGACUGCUGCUACUGGGAGACUGAGUGGAGUGAGACUGGGGCAGAUAUAGGAGUGGCAUAUGGAUCUAUUGAGAGGAAAGGAAUAAUGAAUGCCUGUGGGUUUGGACGUAAUGACAAGUCCUGGAGUCUUCGUUGCUCGGAUAAGAGCUACUCUGCUUGGCAUAAUAAUAAGGAAACUGCACUACGUGCUCCGUCCUCCCACUCCAAUAGAGUAGGAGUGUACCUCGACUGGCCAGCUGGUACUCUGUCCUUCUACAGCGUUUCCUCUGACAACUCCUCUCCCACCAUCCUCUCCCACCUGCACACAUUUCACUCCACAUUCACUGAGCCCCUGUAUCCUGGGCUUAGGGUUAAGGCAAACUCAUCAGUAUACCUGUGUGAGACGACACAGCCUCCUAAUCCUAAUUAAUGUGCAUUUAGACUAUUCAAAUAAGAAAUCCUGCAUGGAAAUGUUUGAAAUUUGCUGUUAAUAUGCUAAUGCACAUGGAAACUUGAUUCACUAGAGGAGGUUUGAUACACAAAUUUGAGGUAGAAAUGAUUUCUGUCUGCAUUAUUGCUUUUCAAAACUUUUGUGUGCACACUAAAUACCAAAAUGGGCCUUUUUCACAAGAAAAGCUGUACAACUUGCAAAAUUGUUUCGCACACCUCGCUGGUAGGUGCGUUGGAGAUGACCAUGUCAGAUCACAGAUUAGGAACAUAGAGAAAAUCCUGCACACUGACCAUUUCGCAGGUUACUUAUUUAUUUACAUAACAUUUAACAUUUCGGUCCUAGACCUUCAUCAGGUAAAUCUACCUAUGCAGGAUUGGUGAUUUCAUCACCAUCGUUUUCACUCGUUUCAUGCUUGCAUAUUUCUCUGUAGAGCUUCCCUAUAUAUACUGUAUAUAUAUAUAAAUUGCAAGCGUGGUUCUUCUCGUUCCAACUGCAAGGCUGCAAUAGCGGAUAGGGACACGAGGUGGAGGAAAUAUUAUGUUUUCGAUAAAACUGGUCAGUCAAGCAAAACAACAAUUUCUAAGCGAUUUUAUGACUAUGAAAAUGUUGCAGGGUCUCAUGACAUUUAUCAAUUUGAACAUGAAUCAAGUCUCCACUCUCCACCAAGUUUUUGAGGCGGCAUAUUACGAUGUAGCAGUAAAUCGUCGAAGGAUUGUUGAGUAAAGAGUUGAAUUCAUUGAGUAUUUUGGACCUAAGACUGGGGUGUAAAUAGUAUCUCAGUAAUCGAUUAACAUGUUCCAUUGUGGUGAAAGAUUCUAGAGAGCUCCGCACAUUGGUUCUAAUCUGCAAUCUAUUAUAUCACUCGAACUUUCAGUACUUUCAUGGGGUCUGUGAGUAAUGGUAAAGUCUCAGAGAUGAUUAUGCCCCCCCCCCUCUGUACAAUCAUGUUCCUUAUGUUAACCGAAUUUUGAGUGUUGAUUACAGUGCAUCAGCCAAUGCUUCUCCAGCAUAGACAUUUUUAAGUCUAAUGAGUAAGGAUAAUUUUAUUAUGAUUCUCCUCUAUUUGUAUUUUAAUUAUGUAGAUUUUUCAUGUUUUGAUUUGAAUGAUUUUAUUUGCAUUUCAUCAAUAUUUGUUCUGCCUUUAGUAUUGUAGGCCUACAGUAUAUUAUUUUUUCAUUUUCUCUUUUUAUCAGAUAAUCAUUAACUUUUUCCUCUUGUAGCUCAUUAUUUUUAAUCGUAAAUCACUUGAUUAACCUCUGUUGUUUAAAAUGUGCUAUAA